AUGCUGCUGCUCGACUCGGGUUCACGUACGAAGGCUUGUUUCGUCAAGUCACCGUUUAUAAGGGUCGCAACCGCGACACCACGUGGUUUUCGAUCAUUGACAAUGAUUGGAAUGGCGGCUUGA